UGGGAGUUCGAAGAAGGACAAGACGACACUCGAAGAAUCACCGUGCACACGAUCAGUUCUCCUAUAGCCGUGAUCACGAUUAAACGCUCUGGCAUCGCGAGAAUGCGAGUGUCAACGUUCAGAUUAUCGGUCUUCCUGUUCACAGUGUUCUUCUCUGUCGAAAUUUUUGCAACUGCGGUCAAAGAACCACGCGGUCCCAUUCAAGAGGCGAUUCAAAAUGGUGUCGCGGCGCAAUACGAUCGAAAAGAUUGCGUCUGGAGAAGAGGAAAUGAUAAAGAUUCGUGCCCCGAUCCUGAUGUUAAAGUCUACCUUUAUACGUCCGAUCGACCAAGGCGUGAACUUGAUUCAAGAGAGUCCGACUGGUUGCGACAGGAUUACGAUCCGAUCAAGGAAAACGUCCUUCUGAUACACGGAUACGCAGGUGGUGACGACACCCUCCCCAUAUCCGUGCUUCGUGAUGCCUACCUCAGAAACGGAAGUUACAACGUGUUCCUAGUCGAUUGGGGUGCCUUGUGCGCUCCACCCUGUUACCCAGCAGCUGUAUCGAAUCUUCGUCCAGUUGCACGUUGUUUGGCAGGCACUCUGACCACCUUGCGAAACCUAGGUUUACCCAUCUCGAGGACAACCUGCGUGGGACACUCGUUGGGCGCCCACAUCUGUGGAAUCAUGGCGAACUUUCUACUGUUCAGGAUGCAUCGGAUAAUCGGUCUAGAUCCGGCCAGACCUCUGCUACGCCCUGGAUAUGUAAAUCGUCUGGACAGCGGGGACGCAGAUUUCGUCCAAGUGAUUCAUACGAACGCAGGAUACUACGGAGAGAGUGGCCGCAUGGGACACGUGGAUUUCUGCGUGAACGGUGGCAAAAUGCAGCCGUUUUGCGAGAACACCUCGAAUUAUCAGCUAUGCAGCCACGUCUGGGUUGUAUGUUACAUGGCCCAGAGCAUCGACAACACCGGGCAGGAGUCGAUGGCAGAGCCAUGUUCAAGAAGGUGUCCUUCUGGGCCAAGGAUUGCUCUCAGGGCCGGCGAGUACGUGGCCAUGGGCCAGCAUACACCGGUCGGAACUAGGGGCUCUUUCUGCUUCACCAACAAACAUCCACCUAUAAUAACGGACGUGGCGACGAGAGAUGCUGCGUACCCGAAGGUAAAUCUGUCACGUUUUAGUGACAGAAUCGCGAAAGUUGUAGGAAAAGUGGAACAUACAAGACUGUAUAUAAAACAC